UUUUGACAUCAGCUGUUUUCGCAAAAGGAGAGAGGGAGGAUGUGAUUUUUGGUCGUCCCGUGCCCUUGGUGAGUGAAAAAGUGCGCUUUCUGUGCCGAAAAUUCGUGGGUGGUGAAGUGGUGGUGUGCCGGGUGUGCCAGUGUUCGAUGGUGGGUGGCCCACGCCAUGUCCAAUUCAAAUCAUUUCCAGCCGUGGGUCCGCGGCGGCUUCUACGGGAAGAGCGAUAACGAGAGUACAGCCGCCCCGGGAGCUUCGUCCUCCAUGUCACUGGAUCUGUACACACAGAUUGGGUUGCAGAAAGUGGCUGCCCUGUACAAGGCGUCCCGUGAAGCGGGUGACAGCGCCUCCGGCUGGACGGAGGCCGAUGACGAGAAGACCCGGAAGAUGCAGCAAUUUGUCGAGGCCACAAUUGGAGAUUGUGCGAAAGAGCAGAUAUUCCAGCUUGUCGAGAAGAUAUCUCAACUGAAACCGCCUGAAAGACUCUUCCUGUACCUGCGAAUGCCUGGCGGCAAUUCAGAGACUGAUCCACUGAGACAACCACAGAAUCCGCUGGGGACCCGAAGUGAAAUAACGCACACCAUUAACUGGGUUAGAUCCCACCUGGAGCAUGAUCCCGCGGUGUCCAUUCCGAAGCAGGAUGUCUACGAUGACUACAUUGAAUAUUGUUCGAGAUCAGGCAUUAAGCCACUCUCGACGGCGGACUUUGGGAAGGUGAUGAAGCAGGUCUUCCCAAAUGUGCGUCCCCGUCGCUUGGGCACGAGAGGUCAUUCCCGAUACUGCUACAGUGCCAUGAGAAAAGCCACAAAACUCAGUCCUCCAGUUCUACCAGAACUCGGAGGUGAUACAAAGGUGGCCGUAGGUGCGUGUGAAGCAACAGAUGAUGAAGCAUGGGGUAUUGUGAAGGGAUGGGCUGAGAGUCUCCUAAGUGCUUCAUUUGGUACCCUUAAAGAUCUAGCUAGCCACAUUAACAGCCACGGACUCCACUUGCCAACCAAUACAGCCUCGAGGAUUUUGCUGCAAAAGAAAUUGCUACAGCGCGACGGGAAGGAGAAGAAGAAAUGCUCGCAGCAAGAUGCAGAUGUUGGAGUUUCAGUAAAGAAGCGUCGUAAGCGAAGAAGAAAGAAUUCAGCAUCUUCAACGGAAUCAAUGGGUUGUCCGCAGUUCUCAGAUACGGACAACAAUAAUGGGAGUUGUCAAGAAAAUCGGCAAAUUUGCGUGAAAUCAAUGAGGAAUAAUAGUACGAGCAGCUGUAGUCAGGAUAUGAAGCCAUUUGCAUGUGAGGAUCUCCCGUAUGGCAAGGAGGAGCCGUAUACGGGCCACCAAGAGCCAAACUUAUCAAUCCAAGGUACAAAUUCAUCCUGUGAUAGUGGCCAAGUGUGUCAGUCGAUGGACACGGUGUGUGUCAAACAGGAAGCAGACGCGGUGGAGCAUCAAACUGUUUUCUGCAAGAAGGUGCGCCAGGCACAGCAGGCUAAGGGAUUGUGGCCACUUCAGGCAACAUCGGGGGUUGAUGGUGUUAAUUUAGCACCAAAUGGACCAUCUGAUGAGAUGAAAGUUCACAAUUUCUCCCAGCCACAGCUGCCACAGAGUGCGCUGAAGUAUGAGAAGAGAAUGAUGUCGCGCGAUGCAACAUUCAAGCGUAUCCGAUUGCCGGGUUUUGCGGAGGAGGUACCAGAGAAUGGUGGAGAAAUUCCCGGGGAUUUUAUCCUUCCACGUGAACGUGUUAUAAGUAUUUGUAACAUGGACAAGGAUGCUCUCGAUGACUACCUCAAUGGUGGGGAUAAUUCGCAGGAGCCCGAGGCGGAACUGAUGCAAUACUUUGCUGGUGAAGAAGGAGCUAAGGGGGGAGGUGGUGGUGACUAUGAGAGCGCUGAUCUGGGGCAGCUGCAAACGAGCAUUCCUCUACUGGAGAACUAUCAGUUAUUCAGUGAUGGGAAAGGUGACGGGAAGGGUGAUGGGACAAAGGCAGGGGAGGCGGGAAGUCAGAUCCAUCAGCUAAGGCAGUACCUGCAGCAGAAUUUGCAGUCAAGCAGUAAGAAUCCUGCUGAAGGAUCAAUGGGGAAUCCGCUGAAUCUGUAUCCAGGAUCAGCAUCGGCUUCUCUUGCUAUGAUGUCGCAACGUCAUAUGUCAGAGGCAGGUGGUGGUGCUCCGGUUAAUUUGGGGAAGAAUGCAGUAAGGAAGAAGUUAAAUAUUGCCACAACAGCAACUGAUGCUACAUCAGGCGUGCCCCAUAGUCCCAAUACACGUCGUCGAAAUUUUAGUUUUGUCCCCAUCUCAGCUGGACCGCAGAGUCCACAAAUACGCACAAGUUCCAUAACUAGUUGUCGUCAGACGCAGACUUUUGUCAGUCCGAGAGUUACUCCAGUUACAAAGCGCUCCUUCAAGGUACACUGUACUUCCACGAUGGUUCCCGUAAAGACGGAGGCUGCAUCAGCUCCACCUAGUCCACCGUGGAUGGGGAAGGGUAGUGGGUAUGCCAUGAAGCAACCCAUGACACCGGGGAAUGUGCCAUCAGCGGCAGAAACGCGUUCUCAGAGCGUUCCACUUCACUGCAGAAGUCCCAUUUUUGGUUCAACAAUGAACUGCUCGGCCUACACUUCAGCCUGUAGUUCUGUUGCUCAGACACCCAUUCCGCCCGACUAUACGGACUUUACGAGUGAUGUCAGCCUCCUGGAUUACUUCAGUCCAGCACCACCAGCAAGUGCAGCUCCGGGAAUCAUUGCUCCCGGUUUGGAUGCUGAACUAAACAUGGGCGACUUCCCGUCGAAUUCUCGUUCAGUGCCAUCAACCCCAUUGCCCAUCAAUGGGACCACAAUGCCAGCACCAGGAAUCUCUGGGAACUAUGGAAAAAUGUACGAUAUGUCCAAGUCAAUGCCGUCAACACCACUCACAGGCGGUGGACUCUUCCGCUAUAGUCCUGAGAUAAAUCGAGACUUUCUCAUUAAUGGCAAUUCAUUGGAGGCCUCAAAGCAACCGCAACCGUUCUAUCAGCAACAAACACCGGUCACAACGAACUCUGUCGCCAUGGAUGCCACAAUGGGGGACAAGGAGUUUUCAACAUUCACAGAUAGUAUUAUAUCCAAUUUGAAUGAUGACCCAACUUUUGAGUCAGAACUCCUUGAUAAUCUCUAAACAUCAUCUGGGAUGCACCUGAUGGGAAUUCAGGUACGAUGAGAUUUUUUUAUCUAAUCAAUUUAUGGGAUUUUACUACAGGUGAGUCAUUUGAUGACGAAAGAGAACGUUUCGUGAAGCUUUGGAAGGGACGAGCCUAAGCUUAGCUAGUCCUAGCAAAGGGUUUUUACAGGUGAAAGUAACAAAAUGGACGAAUGGCGUCUGUUUAAGUAACCUGACAAUUUAUAACAGUUUUAGAUUUUGAAAUAGUCGUCAAAGACUAAAUGGCGCUAGUGUCGUAAGAAUGUAAUUUCGAACUUUUCGGAAUUUUAAAAAUUGACACAAUUCACAUAACUUCACAUUUUUCUUCAAGAAAUAGUAUCAAAAUUUCAAUUUUCGGGUUUUUAUUGGUCUAAAAAUUAUUUCCGUUCAGUGUAUAAGAUUAGGAAACUUAUAAAUCUUUUAAUGAUCAAUUUUAUUGCAAAACGGCUAUUUUUAAAAUUUACCUAUGUUGAAGGCCACAAGAGGCCGCAGCACAGCAGUUAAGAGGAAGCAAGCCAACGCCAUUUUGGGUUUUCUCUUAGCCGCCAUUCUUCAUUAUUUCUUCACAUCCUUCACAUUCAGAUUCUUCUAACAUUGAAGAAUUCUUUUCAUUCUUAUCACAGAAAAUUGUUUCUCUAUCAAAUGACUCCUUAAAAUUCCAAAAAAAAAACAUAAUAUUGUCAAUUCCAUGGAAGAUUUUUGAUAAAACUCCCAUUGAUAUUGCAUUUAUAAGUGUGUAUAUUGGUGGAGAUUGGAAGCAGCAGCAUCUCGUGUUUUGCUGUAAAACACAAUGAAAUUGUGUACAAAACAAAAAUCAAGUGUUUUAAUGUGUAAUUGAGAGACAAAUUGUUAUGUUUUAAUUUCUUUAUUACGUUUUCAAUUUAUGACUUUUUAUUAUUUGUUAUAUAAAUAUAUGUUUUAGAUACAAGAUACAAAAAAGGAAAAAAAAAUUAAAACAAAUCUUUUAUAGUAGAAAAAAAGAUAAAUAUAUAGUUAGUAUAAAUGGUGGAAAAGAAAUAUGUGAAAUUCUCUAAAUGGUUCUUUUGGUGUUUCAUGUUUGAGAGAAAUCCCGAAAAACAGCCCUCAGAGAAAAUGGAAAGGAAGUUUAGUGGAUAUUCCAACACAGGAAAUUAAGAAAUUAAGGAAAUUUAAAAUAUUAAAAGGAAAAAUUGGCCAAAUUCCGCCUCAAUGGUGACUUCUUUAAAAAAAAAUAAAACACCUACAAAGUGCAAAUUCACGAAUUUUUACCAACUCUGUGCCUCUGGCUAUACAAAAAAAAAACAAAGGAGAGGAUAUGAAGAAUUAUAUAUACAUACAUUAUAUUUACAAAAUGAAAAAUUAGUGGAAAAAAUACAAAAAAUUAUUGUGUAAACUUCAGUGAAACUGAAAAAAAUGUUUUAUUAACAAAUUUAUGAUAAAAUAAGAAGAAAAAAAAUUAUAUUUUGUAUUUUUAUCGUUGAAUAAAGUUGCAUAUUGAAUGUUUAAAA